AUGGGUGCCGAGUGCCCUCUGCAACCGGAUCUUUUCAUCUCCAACUUCGAGUCGAAAUCCGACAAAGUCCGGCUUGCUGCAGCCAUCGCUCUCGGCAAUGCUGCGGCCAGCAACCUGAAGACCUAUAUGCCUGUCAUCCUGGAGGGCCUGGAUAAAUCCAGUUCCUCGAAUUAUCUGCUCCUCCAUUCGGUCAAAGAAAUCCUUCAGCAUCCUGAGAUCGUGCGAAAAGACAUCGCACCGUUCGCGAUCAAGCUCUGGCAGAUUCUUCUCUCAGCGUCGGACGACGAAGACAACCGGGUCGUGGGAGCGGAAUGCAUUGGGCGACUGGCCCUGAUCGAUCCUGCGUCCUAUGUGCCGCAUCUCCAGGAGUAUCUCUCCAAUGAAAACCCGACGGUCCGUGGAACGGUCAUCUCUGCCUUCCGAUACACGCUGUCGGACUCGAGCAGUGCCUACAAUGACGUGUUGCGACCUCUGAUCAUUCCCAUGCUGGUGAGCAUGCUGAGCGAUCGGGAUCUGGGGAACCACCGUCUGGCAUUGACGACGUUGAAUUCCGCGAUCCACAACAAGAUGGACAUUAUUCAGCCGCAUCUGAGCGAGUUGCUGCCGGCCGUCAUUGGCGAUACGCAUGUUAAACCCGAACUCAUCCGUGAGGUUCAGAUGGGGCCGUUCAAGCACAAGGUCGACGACGGCCUGGAACUUCGCAAGAGCGCGUAUGAAACCCUGUAUGCCUCUUUGGAUUCGGCGUUCACGCGGAUCAACGUUACCGAGUUCUUUGACCGGAUCUUGGCCGGGAUCGAGGACGAGCAGGAUAUCCGGACGCUGUGUAACCUGAUGACAGCAAAACUGAUUACGCUUGCACCCGAAGAGACGCAGCGACAGCUCGAUGCCUUGUCGGAGAAGUACCGGGUUGUUCUGUCGUUCAAGCCCAAGGAGAACGCCGUCAAGCAGGAGAUUGAAAAGGCGCAGGAGGCGUCCCUGGGGAUCUUGAAGAUCAGCCGGGAACUCGAGAAGGCAUUCCCCGGGGCGGAGUCGAGCGGUGAGCAUCUCAAGUGGAAGUCGUACAUGGACUGGAUCCGGAAGACCUUUGGACCACAGCUCCGGAAUAUCGAUGUGGAGUCGUAG